AUGGUGGGACCAAGAAAUGCCGCCUUCGCCGAGGAGAGCGCCGAGGUUGAAGUUCUCCUGGCUUCCUUAGGAAAGACGAAAGAUAUCACCAAGCGCAUAGCGGCCAGUCUGGCGCGGCUCGAUGUCAGCGGUAAGAUUGUCAAGGAUGCCAUCGGGCCCAUCUAUAGCAACACGCAGCAACUUCAGAUCACCAGUCGGAAUAUCGACAAGGUCAAUGAAGCCAUCGAAAAGCUCAAGCAGCCGCUCGACUCCAGAGGCCGCGAGGAGAGCAUCAUCCGAGCAGGGCCCAAAGCUUCGGGACUGCCGCAAUAUCUCAGCGCCUUGAAGCGUAUCGACAAGGCUCUCACUGAUCUAAGCUCGACAAACAUGAGGGCCAACCAGCAGGCUGUUUCCGAUUUCCACAGCCUCUUGUCCACCGGCGUCAACCAGUUGAACGACAUGUACCGGCAAAUGCUGCAGGAGGACGCUCAACCGGUCGAGCCUCUGCAUCACAUCACCAAACAAAUACCGUUCCCCACGUUCUCCCAAGAAAAAGCCCAGUCUCUCAGUCAAAUAGCUAUGGCAAUGGCUUCAGCUGGAGCGCAUUCGGCUAGACUGGGUCAACGGGAUGAUGACGCGGCAACUCUGAUUUACGUCGAAGUGAGGGGAGACUACCUUCAAAACAGCCUCCAAAACCUAGCCACGGCCUCAAUCAUGACCUCGAAGCGGCGAGGAAAUGAUUCGGGCAUCUACCGAGAAGGUUCGAGUGGCGUGGGGGCGUACGCAAAUGGUAUCGAAGGUAUGUUUCUCGCAGAAGCAGAGAAUACGUCCCGGAUAUUCCGCAACGAUCCUGGGCGGGUCUUCACCGUGACUUGCGGCAAAGCCCUAGCGACCUUCACGCGUACUCUGUCAGAGUUGAACAACGGGAUCAAGCCACGCAUCUUGAGCGAUUGUUUCCUCGCCUACGAAAUCCUAGAUCUCUUCACGCCUCUUAGCUACCGGCUCGAAUCACGAACGGGUCAGCUGCGAUCACAAUUUGCGGAUGCACUUCGCCCAAUACGAGACACUGCUCGCUCAUCGUUCAGCGACAUACUGAGUCAAACCAAGAAACAAGCCGAGUCGAUUUCAACCCUCCCGCCAGACGGUAACACAAUCCCACUGGUCUCACAAACAGCCUCCCGCCUUCAAAACCUCGCUAUAUUCGAGCGGCCCCUGCUUGCCCUGCUCUCGUCCAUCGGUGACGGGAACUGGAAGUCCACCCCUGGAAUGGCCUCCCAAUCUACCCUAAAUCUCGAACUAACCCCUUCCACCGAAAACCCAACUCUACUCUCGCACUACCUCAUCGACAUCGUCGACGCUCUCCUCUCGACCCUCAACGCGCGCUCUCAAGUUCUCCACCCUAAGAAACCCAUUCAGGGAAUCUUUCAACUCAACAGCGUCGCCGUGCUCACUCGGGCAGUCCAAUCCUCACCAGACCUCGCUCGCUAUCUAGGGAUCUCCCCACACAACGCCAAACUUGACGCCUACCGCAAGGCGGGUUCGUCGCUGUACUUGACGGCGUGGCGCGACCCUUGCAACCAGCUCUUCGACCAAAUCCAGACUUCCUCCGGCUCGCGCCCCUUAUCCGGACAGGCCAUCGAUUCGACGUCGAUAAUAAAAUCCCUCUCCUCCAAGGACAAGGACAAGAUCAAGGAAAAGUUCAAACUCUUUAACAGCAGUUUUGAUGAGUUGAUCACCAGGCACAAAAGUCUGCACAUGGAAGCCGAGGUUCGGUCGCAAUUGGGAAGGGAGAUUCAGGGCAUGAUCGAGCCGCUUUACACCAGGUUUUGGGACCGGUAUCAUGAGGUGGACAAGGGCAAGGGCAAAGUCGUCAAGUAUGACAAGGGCACCUUGAGUCAGAUGCUGGCCGGUCUUUAG